UCUGUCUGACAGAUGCCGGCCAUGAUCGCGGUUUUGGUGGUGCUGUGUCAGCUGCAGGUGACGGUGCUCGCGUUUCCUCACUGCCCCGGCAGAUUAAAGAACUUGCAGCAACCGGAAUGGAAAGAUGUGUUCACAUCUGCAAGGGAGGCCAAUUUAUUCAUUGGACGACAUCUUCUGAACAACAGAUUUGAUUUUGAAGCAUUCACAGAUGAUAACCUGGAAAGGGAAUGCUAUGAAGAAGUCUGCAAUUAUGAAGAAGCAAGAGAAAUUUUUGAAGACCCUGAUAAAACGAUGGAGUUUUGGAAAGACUAUUCAACUAAAGGCCCUAAAAUAAAGUUAGGUGAUGAGGCACUACAGAAGAUCAAUGUCACAGGACUGCUCAUCAGCCUGGUUGCUGCUGGAGUGCUCUUGGUUAUAAUUGCACUGAUUAUCUUCUACUGCUGCAAGAAGAGAUGCAAAUCAAGGCAACCACCAGGGUACGUGGGUUAUGUGAGGAGCAGAAGAAGGAAUUCAGCCAACAUCUUCAGGAGGCACGAGGAGUUCUCCUUGAACCCCCUUCCCGACGACUCGGAGCUGCCCACCUAUGAGCAGGCAGUGACCUCUGAUGGCCAGCACGCCGUGCCCCCACCCCCUUACCCAGGGCCCCCCAGGCACCCUCGGCUCUUUAGAAAGUCCAUGUCCCUCCCUGGCCCCUAGGCACAAACGUGCUGCUGGGCUCAGGGCGGGUUGCUGGAACAUAACAUGCUUUUGAAAAAAGUGCGUGCUUACCUUGCAUAUUGCAAGAUGAUUUACAGAAAUGUGGAAGAUCUUCUGGAU